AUGCAUAUACAAAAUGACAGUAUGAUUCCUUUUUUCUUCCUUGUAAUAUCUUAGUAAUUAAACUCAUUUAUUCUUCAUCCUCCUCAAAUCUUGAAGCAUAGCAUGCACUCCAACACAGUUCUUGAAACAUAAGUGUGUACUAUAGAUACGGUUAACUUGAUCACACUUAAAUUGGUUUGCUUGCAAUCUUGUUGGAGUACCCAAUCUAGAGAAAAUGGUAGCUAAGAUAGUUGAUCUUCGGUCAGAUACAGUGACAAAACCAACUGAAGCAAUGCGAGGUGCUAUGGCAAGUGCUGAGGUUGAUGAUGAUGUUCUUGGACGUGACCCCUCCUGUUUUCGCUUGGAGACAGAGAUGGCAAAGUUAUUGGGAAAGGAAGCUGCACUUUUUGUUCCAUCAGGCACCAUGGCCAACCUUAUAUCUGUGCUUGUGCAUUGUGACAUUAGAGGAAGUGAAGUUAUUCUUGGUGAUGAUUCCCACAUACACAUUUACGAGAAUGGAGGCAUUGCAACCCUUGGAGGUGUGCAUCCAAGAACGGUUAAAAACAAUGAAGAUGGAACAAUGGACAUUGAUUUAAUCGAGGCUGCAAUCAGAGAUCCAAAGGGAGAGUUAGUAUAUCCAACCACAAGGCUUAUUUGCUUGGAAAAUACUCAUGGAAACUGUGGUGGUAGAUGUCUUUCAGUUGAAUAUACAGACAGAGUAGGAGAGGUUGCUAAAAAGCAUGGAUUGAAGCUUCACAUUGAUGGAGCCCGAAUAUUUAAUGCAUCAGUUGCACUAGGUGUCCCUGUGGGUAGGCUCGUUCAAGCAGCUGAUUCAGUUUCGGUAUGUCUGUCAAAAGGCCUGGGUGCUCCAGUUGGAUCUGUUAUUGUUGGUUCCAAUAGCUUUAUCAGCAAGGCUAGAAGGCUCAGAAAAACCUUAGGUGGUGGAAUGAGGCAAGUUGGCAUCCUUUGUGCAGCUGCACUUGUUGCUUUACAGGAAAAUGUUGAAAAGCUAGAAAGUGAUCACAAGAAAGCUAAACUUUUGGCUGAUGGAUUGAAUGAAAUUAAAGGUCUGAGAGUGAAAACCUCUUCUGUGGAAACCAAUAUGAUAUAUGUUGAAAUUGAAGAGAGAUUAGGAACUACAGCAUCCAAGCUGUGCAAGGACUUGGAAGACUAUGGUAUUCUUCUCAUGACAGUUGGCUCAUCAAGAUUGAGAAUUGUGUUCCACCACCAAAUAUCUGCAAGUGACAUGCAGUACACCUUGUCAUGCUUUCAGCAAGCUGUGAAUGGUGUACGAAAUGAAAAUGGCAACUGAAGUUUGCAACUUGGUGGCACAUGAAAAACUAACACCAAAUUCCAUUCCAUAGCAUGAAGCUUUGUGAAAAGCUUUUAGCAUUUGAAACAUUGUAUAAUGAAGGCUUUAUGGAGUCUUUUAUACUCUUAAAUUUUUCAGUAUCUUCCACAAAAUGAGGUUCUUCCUUUCCUGCAUUUUAAUUAGUAAGAAUUAGUUGCAAAAGUACUUGAUAUUAAUUAUUGGAAUUAAGAAUUAAUAUGAGUGACUUAUUUGUCUA